CCUUGGCUGCGGAGGUGGAAGUGAACAGCGUGGGCAAUCUCUGAGGGAUUUCUCAACUCCUCUGGCAGCUGGCUGCAUGGCCUCCCUGCCUCGGGCUCUGGUCUGGACUGUUCAGCAGGUGACCUUUGACCAGCUCACUGGGCCUUCUGUGCCCGCUGUCCCAUCCUGGAGCCAAUAUAAAACAGAUCAGAGGCCUCCCGGCUUGCCUGCCCAGUUUUAUCCCUAGAAGCAGCUAGCUACUCCAGGUGCACAGGUGCCAUGCAGCCCCGAAUGCUCCUCAUCGUGGCCCUCGUGGCUCUCCUGGCCUCUGCCCGAGCUGAUGAGGGAGAGGGAUCCUUGCUGCUGGGUUCUAUGCAGGGCUACAUGGAACAAGCCUCCAAGACGGUCCAGGAUGCACUAAGCAGCAUGCAGGAGUCUGAUAUAGCUGUGGUGGCCAGGGGCUGGAUGGACAAUCGCUUCAAAUCCCUGAAAGGCUACUGGAGCAAGUUCACUGAUAAGUUCACUGGCCUCUGGGAGUCUAGCCCUGAGGACCAACUAACAACACCAACUCUUGAGCCGUGAGACCUCCAUGUUCCAGAUGUGUCUGGCCAUCCAUCCUGCUGCCUCCGAAGGUUGCUCUAAGGGGAAAGUAUAUUCUCAUGCCUUUAUCCCUCCCCAGACCUCACCUAAACAUGCUGUCCCUAAUAAAGCUGGACACGAAGCUGCCA